ACGCCACCGGGGCGGAAAGUCGCCUGACGCCCUGCCGCGGGCGUGCAGCCCGGUGGCGGCUGCGGGCUGCGUGGCGCGGGAUGCGGCGAGCGGGGCUGCUGCGGCUGCUGCGGCUGCUGCUGGCGGCCCAGGCGGCGGCGGCGUUCGAGCCCAUCAGCGUGGGCAUCGCCAUCGGGGCCGUGUCGGCCCUCACCGGCUACCUGUCCUACACGGACUUCUACUGCCGCUUCGCCGAGUGCUGCCGCGAGGAGCAGCCGCUCAACGCCACGGCCCUGCAGCGGGACUUGGAGAAGCUGUUCGGACAGCAUCUGGCCACGGAAGUGAUUCUGAAGGCGCUGACCGGCUUCAAGAGCAACAGAAACCCCAAGAAGCCGCUGACCCUGUCCCUGCACGGCUGGGCCGGCACCGGCAAGAACUUUGUCAGCCAGAUCCUGGCUGAGAACCUUCACCCCCGAGGCCUCAAGAGUAACUUUGUGCACCUGUUUGUGUCCACACUGCACUUCCCGCAUGAGCACAAGACAAAGCUGUACCAGGACCAGCUGCAGAAGUGGAUUCACGGGAACGUGAGCGCCUGCGCGAGCUCCGUGUUCAUAUUCGACGAGAUGGAUAAGCUGCACCCGGGCGUCAUCGACGCCGUCAAGCCGUUCCUGGACUACUACGAGCAGAUCGACGGCGUGUCCUACCGCAAAGCCAUCUUCAUCUUCCUCAGCAAUGCUGGCGGUGACCUCAUCACCAAGACGGCCCUGGACUUCUGGCGGGCGGGAAGGAAGCGGGAGGACAUUCAGCUGAAGGACCUGGAGGCCGUGCUGUCCGUCGGGGUCUUCAAUAACAAACACAGCGGCCUGUGGCGCAGUGGGCUGAUCGACAGGAACCUCAUCGACUACUUCGUCCCCUUCCUGCCGCUGGAGUACAAGCACGUGAAGAUGUGCGUGCGGGCGGAGAUGCGCGCCCGGGGCUACGUGGUGGACGAGGACGUGGUGAGCAGAGUGGCCGAGGAGAUGACCUACUUCCCCAAGGAGGAGAGGGUCUACUCGGACAAGGGCUGCAAGACGGUGCAGGCGCGCCUGGAUUUCUACUGAGCUGCGCCUUUGCCCCGCUCCUCCGGGUUUGGCACGUUUGCACCUGCGGGCUCUGGGGACAUCGCCAGUGGAAGAUUCUAGGAGUUCGUUUUUGGAGAGAGAGACUCACCUGUCUGGGACGCGGGUCAGUCUGCCACGUGACAGCUCGUGGACUUCCAGGAUCCCCCAACACUGAGGUGGCCGUGUGUGCGCCUGCCAGGCCCACGGCGGCCACACCCCGGGAGCUGCUCUGUCUCGGGGCUCCCGGCCCGCUCUCCAUGAGAGCUUGGGGUUGGCAGCUGCCGUAGACGGGGUCUCCCUGCCUGGGAGGAUGUCAGUUCGGAGCCCUUGGCUGGCGUGAGCUGGCUGCGUGUGGGGUGGGGGCACCCCUGGGCCUCUGCAGCUGCCUGGGCAGACCGGGCGGCCCUCCGUGUGUCCCUGGCCCUGGCGCCGACAGCCCCGGCCCUGGAGUUCCUGUGCCUGCCUCUCCCUUGUGUCGGUCCCAGCCUGCCUUGCAUCGCAUCUCUCACGUGUCAGUCACUGCCGGGGUCCCUCCCCCCCGGGCCCCGUACACCAUCACCAGAGACAGAAGGAGACCGCGGCCUUUCCAUUUGAGUCCUCGGUCCCCUCAUCUGUUACAUCCCACGCGGUCGGCCGCCCCGCAGAGCCCCAUGAAUCAGCAGGAGCUGCGCACGCUGCAGGGCGGACGAGGCCGGACCCAGCAGUCCGUGGGCAGAUGAACCCCGCGUGGCCCAGGGAGUGGCCCUGCGGGACGCCGGGGAGGCCGGGUUUUAAGGAUAUAUUUUUUUAUGUUUUUACUUCAUAAGGUGUUGCUUGUUUUAAAGCAGGGGGCGGGCGCAGAGCGGGACAAAGCUCAUUCCUCUCUCAGGUGCUCCACGGUGUCCCACGUGGUCGCACCUGGAGCGGGAAGUGGGCAGAGGCCAGCCCCUGGGAGUGGUUCUGUGUGUGUGUGUGUGUGUGUGUGCACGCCCUAGUCCUGCAGCCUGUUUGCACGUGAGGGGCGACAGUGAAUGUUUGGCGACACAGAAGUGCCUUGAGGUCCCGCGCAGUGAGGUGAGGCUUUCGGUGUUCAGGGCACGUUCCAGAACCGGAGCUGGGUUACAUUUCUCUGACCACCUUCUGGGUGUCUGGACGAGAGCAGACACGACUUUGUGUUUACGAUGACGCAAUAAAGUCCACGUGGUGGCCACCUUUGA